GCACUAGUCAAAUUCUUGUGCUAUACAAAUUUUGCUGUUCCGCCAAAGUACAGAGUCAUCUAGAUUUGAUAAAAUGGCAGAAGGCCAAGAAGAACCAAAAAAGAUUACAAUCACAGUAAAAACUCCUAAGGAAAAACAACAAGUAGAUGUAGAGGAAGAUGCGGAUAUUAAAAAACUCAAGGAAGUAUUGUCACCCAAAUUCAAUGCCGAACCAGAGCAACUCUGUCUCAUAUUCGCUGGUAAAAUAAUGAAUGAUGGCGAUACCUUGAAACAACAUAACAUCAAGGAUGGGCUAACUGUGCAUCUCGUGAUAAAAACUCCACCGAGACCAGAGCCUGAAGGCGGUACCCGUCGCCCCCCAGCGGAUGUAAGUGCUACUCCAUUUGGUCUAAACUCUUUGGGUGGACUUGCUGGAUUGGAAAGCCUGGGUCUUGGUCAGAGCACUUUUAUGGACAUGCAGUCUCGGAUGCAACAAGAGUUAUUAUCAAACCCUGAAAUGUUGAGGCAUGUUUUAGAUAAUCCAUUGGUUCAGCAAAUGAUGAAUGAUCCUGAAAAUAUGAGGUCUCUUAUUACAUCUAAUCCUCAAAUGCAGGAUCUUAUGGCACGAAAUCCAGAGAUAAGUCAUAUGUUGAAUAAUCCUGACCUUCUUCGACAAACUAUGGAGUUGGCACGUAAUCCAGCUAUGCUUCAGGAGUUAAUGAGGUCUCAUGAUAGGGCACUGUCUAAUCUUGAAAGCAUACCAGGUGGUUAUAAUGCAUUACAAAGGAUGUAUCGUGAUAUACAAGAGCCUAUGCUAAAUGUUGCCAGCAGCAUGGCGGGAAAUCCAUUCUCGGGGCUAGUUGAUAACUCAGAUGGUACCAACCCUCAACAAGGAGCAGAAAAUCGUCAACCACUACCCAACCCUUGGCAGCGUGGAGGGGGAGCAGCUACCACAGGGACUACAGGGGCAGGUGCAGCCACAGGCACUGGACCUGGUCUAAUCAACACUCCUGGAAUGCAGUCCUUACUGCAGCAAAUGUCGGAGAACCCUCGCUUAAUGCAAUCCAUGUUGUCUGCACCAUACACUAAUAGUAUGCUGCAAGCUCUUGCUGCUGACCCAGAAAUGGCUUCACAACUUAUUAAUCAGAAUCCAAUGUUCGCCAAUAAUCCACAACUUCAGGAACAAAUUCGCACGAUGAUGCCUCAAAUGCUGACACAACUGCAGAACCCAGAAAUGCAACAAAUGAUGUCUAACCCACAGGCUUUAGGCGCUUUGCUGCAAAUCCAGCAGGGUAUGGAGCAGCUACGUGCGGCUGCUCCAAGUUUAGUGAAUAAUUUGGGCUUUGGCGCCGCUGCUGCCACAGCUCAGCCACCCGCUACGCCUGCGCCUCCUACAAAUAACCCAGCUCAAGGUCGCCAGCAGCAGAACAGUGAGCUAUUUACCCAGUUUAUGCAACGGAUGAUGUCAUCGAUGUCCAACGAUCAGAAUAGUUCCCAGCAGCCGCCUGAACAGCGGUACUCACAGCAAUUGGAGCAACUUGCCGCUAUGGGAUUUCUCAACCGGGACGCGAACUUGCAAGCAUUGAUCGCAACAUUUGGCGACGUGAAUGCGGCUGUGGAGAGGCUGCUGGCGCUUGGUCAGCUCUCUAUGAGCUAACAUACUCGUGCAUAAAUUUGACAGAAUUACACCAUAGUCUUGAUACAUAACAUUACAACACAUUAUGUUCUGUAAUUAUCACUAUCGAGGCCAUAGUGUACCCAACGGCUAAUUGAGUUUAAAUAAUAUAUACUAUCGAAAUAGUUGAUAAAUUUUUAUUGUCGCAAUCCAUUCCUUUUCGUUUUAGUUAUUAGCUGUGACAUUUUGGACUUGACGGUCAAUUCAUUCUUUCAUAUUUUUUUAUAAUAGUCUUAAAUCAUAAGGCGUGUAAUUUUUACAUAAUUACAAGUGCAUAGUAGUAUAUGUGUGGCCACAUUCUGAAAGAUAUAAGUAAUGUUUCCAUCCAUAAAGUUAACUGUAUACGGCAGAGAUAGCACUAUAACUAACAAAGAUUUGCAGAUUUUAAUUUAAAAGCUUGCCUAUAUUUAAGAAAAAAGAACCAUUAUUUUAAUUACAGGCAUGAAUGGUUUAAGAUUAUUAUAUAGAAAUACCACAUUAUAUUUGUGAACGGCGAAUGUAAAUAGCUUGCUUUGGGUGAGAAAAAGAAAAAUUAUGCAUGCAAUAAAUACAUUUAAAGAUGAAUGUGCUAUUGCUUAUGUACAAUCUUUGAUGUAAAGUUUGCUUAACAAUAUUCAAUUUUUGUUACAUAAUGUACAUGUUUAGUGUGGUCCUCACAUUGAAUUUAAUUAUUUCACAAAUUUGUAAUUGCUUGGUUAUAUGAACACUGAACUUUUUUUAUAAUGUUUUUAGAAAAUGGUGGAGUGGGACCAUAGACAUAGAGAAUGGAUUAUUCAAAACACAAUAACACAACUGUAAUCUUGAGAUAAAACAACAAUUUUGUUGUUUUUCUUUGUCAAAUGCAUAGUGAACACCAAAUGCUCAUUCUAUUUAUUCCCUAUGUCUAUGUCAUACUUAAGUUAAAGACUUUUUUGUCUUAUGGUGGUAGAGUUUAAUUCAGCUGUGUGCUCUAAUUUAUAGGAUUCUAGUAAAUUCUAUUUAAUUAUGAUACUUCUUUAAACUAGAACAUACUGUUACCUAGUUAUUUCGUUUUUGGAUUUUGUUGAGUUGCCUAAAAUUCUAUGAAAUAAUCAUAAGAAUACUAACAUAGUAUUGAUAAUGCCUAUUUAAAAAACACAAUUGUUUGUUAUUGUAUUCAUAAAUUUAAUGUAAUAUCCUCCUUUAUAUUUUCCUACUGGUAAUGUAUCAGUUAAAGAUAUGCAAUUUGUAAACGCCUAUGUUGUAUUGGGAUUUGCAUUGUAAAAAUAAAAAAUUAUAAUAACUUUGCUUCUAUUAUUAUUUAAGUUUUGUUGGGAACAUAUUUUAAAGUAUUUCUAGUGAACGAUGUGUAAUUAUUUGUGACGGAAUACAAUUACAAUAGAGAUAUUAAAA